AUGCCCGCCUCGCAGCCAAUCAGCAAGCCUAGCCGCACCGACGCCUCAGACUACCGGCCAGUCCACCAAGACGACGACGCACAAGAUACCAAUGAGGAAGAGGGCGUGUCGCCCUCGGCAUAUCUGCCGCCGCGCAGGUCGCGCGCAGAUCGCCGUUACCGCACCACCAUCCUCGUCCUUGUUGUCGCCCUCAUCGUCCUGCUAGCGUCCAACCUCUACCUGUCUCUGCCCUACUUCUUCCCCGGCCACGGCCCCGGCUCCUGUCCGGCCCCCAGCAAGGUGCCGCAGUACUUCCAGACAUCGCCGGAGCUGUGGGCCGGCCCAACAGCCACCGGCAACGCUGCUUUCUUAGCACAGACAAGGACCUUUGAUCCCACCGCGACCUUUGUGCCCAAUGAGCCGCUGCAGACGGCCAUCCCCGUCCAGGGCAUGAAGCCAGGCAACGACACUAUUUUCAAGAUGAUGGGCUACCUGUCUCCCUACUUUCCUUCCCCUGGCUUUGGAGUCAACGAGUACCCACUUCCCCCGGGAGCUGAAAUCGUCCAGGUCCAGAUGCUGUCCCGCCAUGGCGCCCGCUAUCCUACUACUGGGGCUGGCGUUGUCAAGUUUGCCGAACGCAUUGCCAAUGCCUCUAGCACCUUUAACCCCAAAGGGCCACUGAGCUUCCUCAAGGGUUGGGAGUACCAUCUCGGAUCAGAGAUUCUAGUGCCCAAGGGACGUGAAGAGCUGUACAACUCGGGAGUCCUCCAUAGCUACAUGUAUGGCAGCCUGUAUAAUCCAAACAGCAAGAUUAUUGUUCGCACAACGACGCAGGAUCGUAUGCUCAAGUCAGCUGAAAACUGGAUGGCCGGCUUUUUUGGGUUGGAAUGGACAAACAACGCAACUAUCGAAGUCAUUAUCGAAUCCAGUGGCUUUAACAAUUCUCUAGCAGGGUCACUCAACUGUCCCAAUGCUUACUCCAAGGUAUCGGCCGACGAGGCCAAACAGAAAUGGAUUAACACCUACCUCCAAGAUGCUCUUCAUCGUUUCAAGGCGUUGACAGAUGGAUUCGAUUGGACAAUUAAUGACGUUUACGAUGCUCAGACCAUGUGCCCUUACGAGACAGUAGCAUACGGCUUCAGCAUGUUUUGUGAUUUGUUCACUUACGAAGAAUGGCAAGGCUUCGGUUAUUCGAUCGACGUGUGGUUCUCAGGAGGCAAUGCUUUUCACAGUCCUGUCGGACGAGCAACUGGCAUCGGCUAUCAACAGGAAGUCCUUGCUCGGUUGAAGAACCAUACCCUCGGUUACUCUGGCUCACAAAUCAACGUCACCCUGGAUAACAAUACAGAGACUUUCCCACUUAACCAGAGCCUCUACUUUGACUUCUCUCACGACACCAACAUUGUUUCCAUCCUCACUGCAUUCGGUCUCCGUCAGUUCGCUGAGGAACUUCCGGCUGAUCGAUACCCCGGAGCUCACAACUUCACCGUCUCGCACGUCACCCCCUUUGGCGCCCGUCUUGACAUUGAGAUUAUCAAGACACCGAAACCACUCUCGCCCAACCGCGACGGCUACCUCCGCGGCGAGGAGCAGAAAUACGUCCACUUUAUUCUUAACCAAAGAACGAUUCCCCUGGGUCUAAGUUUCCCCGAAUGCGACGCCAGCCGCAAAGAUGGCUGGUGCGAAUUCGACACCUUUGUCAAGAUACAAGAGGGCAUGUCGGCGAAAGCGAGCUACGACCAUGCUUGCCAUGGAGAGUACCCGAAGGAACCUUAUGGAAAGGUUACCAAUGGCGCUCCAAACUAA